AUGAACAGCAGUUGGCAUUAUGGUGACCUGAGCGAUUACAACGUUAGCACCAAUGCUACUACCCAGUCCACUGUGUUGCCCAAAUGGGGCGUCCUGGCCCUCAUUGUCAUCAUCCUGGCCACAGCCCUCGGCAAUCUGCUCGUCUGUCUGGCCGUGUGUCGCGAACGACGCCUACAAAACACGACCAACUAUUUCCUCAUGUCACUGGCCAUUGCUGACCUCUUGGUCUCUAUACUCGUAAUGCCCCUGGGGAUGAUUGUGGAGAUGUAUGGUUAUUUCCCUUUGGACCCGUACCUCUGUGUGCUGUGGGUAACCAGUGACGUCCUUAUGUGUACCGCAUCAAUCUGGCACAUGUGCACUAUGUCCAUGGAUCGCUACCUCACCCUCAAGUACCCCAUGAGGUAUGGACGCAACAAAACCAAAACCAUGGUCGGCAUGAAGAUCCUGUUCGUCUGGGUCAUAUCCCUGGGGAUUAGCAGUCCCGUGUGCAUUCUGGGCUUGGUGGAUAUCAACACUGUGUACGACGAUGGCUUUUGUGUUCCCACAGUGUCGCACUUCCUCAUCUACGGAUCAGUGUUUGCAUUUUACGUGCCUCUCCUGAUAAUGAUCGUGACGUAUGUAUUGACUAUUUCAAUCUUAUAUCAGAAUCAAAAGCUCAUGCGAAGGAUACAGCGCUCGGAUCUGCGCCCUUGCUUUCGAAGCCAAAGCCCAAAUCGCUACCAAAUCAGGAAGAGCCCUCAGUUACUCAGUCCUCCAAGUAAUGAGGGCUCCAGCAAAAAUGUCUGGAAUAGUCACGGAGCCACGGAUGAGAGCAUUUUUGCCUCAUCCACAAACACGGAUGACAAAACGCUGGAUGACGUCGCUGAGGAUUCAUGCGGACGUCCGGGUCAUGCUAACCUGAUGCCACCCAAGCACUGGGUGGACCAGAAAGCAGCGUCUUUCACCUGCCUCAAGACUUUCUCUCUGACAGAGAAUGAGUUCCUUGUCUGUGAUACUAGAGGUCAAGAAUGGCUUACGCACAGAAGCGCCAACAAUUCACCAAGAAAACCUAAAAUGGUCAAGAGUUUUUUAGACGUCAUGGCCAGCCCACGGACCAAUGGCAGCAUGAAUUUAGACGUACCUAGAUCACCAUCUUUUGUAAGCCGUCUACGCAGCACUGACAAAAAGAAAUCUUCAUCCGCAGUGGGAGAGUCAACGCGGCUCAUGCCACCCACAUCCCCACGCAAAACUUCCUGCAGUACAGGCUUCAUCGAUGACCGUAUGCAUCAGAUAGAGCAAGAGAUGGAUCUCUGCUUAAAGAGUUCUCUAAUAGUUGACAAAAAUGGACAAACAAUAGCUGUGGCACCAGAAUCGCCCACAAAACACUACUUCAAAAACAAAUUUGGUACUAAGAUGUUUGCUGAUUCUGGCGAUUCGGAUGAUGAUACAUCAUCGAAUAACUCUGAACUGAUAUCCAUCAAGCUUCACCCAGAGACAUUUUACCUGUAUAGAUUAGACCUCAAAAAGACUUCCCCAGCUAAAAAGAAGAAAGAGGCUGAGACCGUAUUCCAAAACGGUAACGCUGUUAUUCCCACAGAGGAAUUCCCUGAGGGGGAUAAGGAUGUAGCGCAUCAGGUGAGCUCAGAACAUCAUCGUACCCCCAAGCGCAAGAAAAGCAUCACUCAGAAAAUGAGAGAGAAAAUAAAGUUGAACAAGGCAAGUCGAGACAUCAAGAAGACCUUGAUACACCUUCUUCCAAAGAAAACCGCCACCAAUGAGAAAAAGGCCUCAAAGGUACUAGGUAUUAUUUUCGCUGUUUUUGUCAUCUUGUGGACUCCAUUCUUCAUUGUGAACAUCCUCAUGGCGCUUUGUCCAUCGUGCCAGACUGCUGUCACCCCAGAGCUAAUGUCCACGUUUCUCUGGAUGGGCUAUGUAGCUUCACUUGCAAAUCCCAUCAUAUACACCAUGUUCAAUACUGCCUUCCGCCGCGCCUUCGUCAAGAUCCUUACCUGCCAGUGUCGCUACGGCAAGGCUCGUGGCCCCGAUAGUGUCAUGAUGACACUAGCCGCUACGUGGCAGAGUGACCGUCGCAACACAGUUACCUUGCUGCUAAAAGACGAUCACAGAAGAUGAAUUCCUAUAUACUGAUUGAACAGGACAAUACCAAAGAUUUCACACAAAAUUCCAAUAUGAAUUUGGACAGUUCAAAAGCACAACGUGCACAAGUAAAGAAACAUCCUACUGCAAAGUGCUCAACUUGAUCAGCAUUACAAAUCAAUAGUUUCAAGCUUUGGGACUCAUUUUAUCUCUACUACUGAUUUCCAGCCUACAAGGGAAUAAAAACGCUGUGUGUUUUCACUACUGAAUGUUCAAUUUACUGGCUAUACCAGCCAAAAGGAUUAAAACCCCAUCAAUUUGAUGGUGACAGUUCGUUUACAUCGGACUAUCAAAAAAAAAAAAAAUCAAAGGAAACCUUAAUGCUUACAGCUUCUCUCCUGUGGACAUAACCCUGUGUAAUGUGACAUGAAUCAAUGUGAACAUUAUUUUUCCAAUGUAAAUGAACGGCCUUUAUUUUCCAAUGGUGACCACCAUGUAUAGCUUGUAUUAUCAAUAUGACACACCUAUAAACAUAUAUCUAGAUCAUGUUUCAGCUAUGUUUAAUCAUGCCUUCCUGCACCCCUGUGCUUUAUUUGUCUUGAUAUUUUCCAUUGAAAUUCCAAUGUGCUGGACACAUUGAUACUAAUACUUUUUACUGUGCAUGUAAAUAUGACUUUAUUGGUUUGUGAGUUCGUCCCAUUUGGCGUUGAGUGCCAGAUUCAGUAUUACUUCCAAUUCAGCCUCCCAUGCAAGGUGACAUUUCACUAAUGCAUUACGUUUCAUACAUGCAAUCCUCGACAAGUAUUUAUUUAUUUAU